ACAUCCCAUCACUAUCAAACAUUGCUAAACGUAAACCAAACAAAAAUUCUUUAAUUCGUUGUUUUACCAUUAGUUUUGUUUUAAAUAAUGUCGUCCUUUCUGGACAUGUUGUCGGGCAGCGGGGAAGUGGACCUGAAGAAGUGCGGCGACGUGGUGGUCUCGCCCUGCGAUAAUAUGAUCGCGCUUUACUGCCACUUCUGCCGGGACAUUUUCACCCAGCUGCCGGAGUUCCUGAGACACCUCCAGUGGGCGCACGCCGAUGCGCUGCACUUCACCAAGGAGCACAACGUGUACAGCGUGGAGGAGCUGAUGUCCGAUGAGCUGGAAGGCCAGGAGGAUGCCCAGUCGGCGGGAGACAGCAGCAGCAGCGGGGACUCCGGGGUGCAGGCAGAAUCGGAGGAGCCAGUCGCCCCCAGGGAUUACCAGGAUGACUCACAAGAUACCAAAGAAAAACUUAAACCAAUAUAUAAAACCGAUCAACGAAAGGUUCUGCCAGAUGAAAAUGACUUCAGGGAGAAGGAACCAAAGCUUCAGGGUCGGGGAUUCAAAGGACCUCGCAAGGCUGAAAUUAGGGGAAAAUCCCUGAAGAUAUGCGAACUAAAAAGUCACGCUAUAGCCAAGAAUUCGAGGAAACACAUGAGCGUCGUGAAGAGCCGCAUACUACAAGCCAUUAAAAGCGACUUGCCUGCAAAUCUUCAGAUGAAACCACCAAGUACUAAAUGCAGUCUGUCCAUAACUGAACCUCUACAGGAGGACAACAUACCCACACAUAGCUUUCAAACACCUCUUAAACCCGUGCCAAUCCCAUCUAGUUUCAGUGUAAGGAAGUCUACUUUAACUAAGGCAGAAGACUGUGUGGCGAAGAAACCACUGAACAUGAAACCAAAGCCCAUUUCAACUGUUGAUGGAGUUGAAGUUUGUUCUGCUUCAAGUGUGGUGAACAAAAUGCUGGAAAUCUCCAAAUCUGCCAACCAAAGUCAAGUGGUUAGAAAGAGAAAAUCAUCCCCCUUACAAAUACGACAUGUCGAAGUUAUUCCACCUCUUAAUGUAGUUCCUACGGCGUUAAUUAAACCAAACGAACGUAUUAAAGACAUUUCAAUCCUUCAGCCUCUUCAUAAACUUCCAAAGACGUUGAUUAAACCAGAAAAUGCUAUUGAUAACAGUUCAAACAUUUCAGCCUUGGACAAAAAGGUUUCCAACCCACAGCAGACUAACAAACCGUCGCUGAAAAGAGUUUUCGGAGAAAAUAACCAAGACACGAAUCAAAGUCUUACAGGGCGCGAACUGAAUUCAAGCAUUGCCAAAAAUCCAUUAAAAACCAAUACUAAAAAGUUUUUUAAGUUCAGUGCCAAAUUGGAGCAGGAAAACCUACUAAGACGAUCUACCGACAAUAUUGUAUGUUCUGUUUAUGAGAAGAAUAAUACGAAACUUAGAACACUUGUGUUGGGAAAUAAGAAUGUACUAAAAAAGGAGCAGACCAGUCCCACAAAAACUGCACGUUUGACAACUCCCUCAACAGAAAUUUUGAAAAAAGUUGGGUUGCCAGCAAUUAUAGAUAGCAGCUUUGAGGACACAAAAGCGUUGGACGAGUUGGUGAAUUUGCGCGAAAAGGCUGCCCAGUUUAGCAAAAUCUACAGAAAGUACGACUCCAUUUGGAACUAUAGAAAUAUAAACCCGCCAGUCAAACAUGAAUUCAUUGCUUCCAAGGUUGCCGCACUAACUGCGGAAGUGAACUUUGCCAUGAAGUGCAACCUGUCCGAAAGCGAUAUUAAACGCAUUGUUAACCUGAUCUUAGUUUGGCACAAAGAUAUGGUUAAUGUUCAUACAGUCAAACCUUCAACUAUUACGGCCACCGAUCAACGUCUUUUAAAUUUAUUCAAGUAUUUGCCUGUUAAGUUUGCAUACUUUUGCGAGAGUUGCGACGACAUCUUUACCUUUGAAGAAGUCUUCAAGAAGCAUUCGAUGUCCCACCAACCCGCUCCGUACCGUUGCCCAAUAUGUCAUAAAGCUUUCAAGCACCAGGGAUUCUACGAUAAGCAUGUGCGAACCUUUCAUGCCUAAGCAGCAAAUGGGGAGAAAGGCUUCUAAGUUAUUGUUAUACUCAUUGAAAAAGUGGGAAUACUGUUUUCUUUAGAGUUUAAAUCUUAAAGUUGCUUUACCUUGACUGAUGGGUAAAGUCUGGGUUUUUUACUGUAAGUUAUCUUAAUUAUAAAAGUUAAUCUACUAUAUUUUUAUAUUUUACAACCAGUCUGUCUAUUCUGUAGUUGAGUUUCAAAUAAAAAGCACCCCACUCAGUUCCUUUCAUUAUUAA